AUGCGUCGUCACCUACUGCUGGCCGCUCUCUUUGGCCUGUCUGCCGCGACCUACGACGGCUCGCCUCCAGCUGCCGAUUCUCCAUCCAGCUCUCCAUGGCCCUGCGACGGCUACGGCUGUCCGCCUCCUCCAGAGACUCCCACUCCCACGCCCACUCCAGCUCCCUGCGAGGGAUAUGGCUGUCCGCCAGACACUCCAACUCCAGAGCCUACCCCUACGCCUACUCCCACGCCGACUCCAACUUCAGAAGAGCCCACUCCGAGCCCUUCAAGCCCCUCGAGCCCUUCAAGCCCACCAAGCUCGUCCGGCCCGUCCAGCUCGCUCGUCUGUCCGUCUGAAGGCACCGUGACCAAGACUGUUUCCGUCAUAGAGACCUACUCAUACGUCUCCACCGUCACCUCCUACAUUACCUACGUCUCCAACGCCACCAUCCCCGUCACCGAGAAGGAGACUGUCUACCAGCCCACCACCCUCGACAACACCAUCGUCGAGACCGACGUCGUCACCGACGUGCGCACUGAGCUUGUCCCCACGCCCGUCACCUCGGUAUACACCACCGUCUACACCGACUACGUGCCAACAACCAUCACCGAGGUCGUCACGGAGACGUACUGCAUCACCCACACCGAGUUUGUGCCAACAACUGUCGUCACCACGGAGUACUAUCCGACCACUGUUGUCUCGACUGAGUUCCUGCCCACCACCGUCGUCGAAACCACUACCCGCGUGGACUACUACCCAACCACCGUUCUCAUCACCGAGUAUUACCCGGUCACUGUCAUUCAGACCUCUACCAUCAUCUCCACCGAGACCACCACGACGACUUACACCACGACCUACACGUCCCUGGUCCCAACCUACAUCACCGAGACCGAGACCACCGUGGUCCCGACGACCGUUCCAACCACGAUCCGCGAGACCAUCUACGAGCCUACGACUGUCGUCACCACCGAGCUUGACACCAGCGUGCUUACCGAGUCUUAUCCGGUCACGGAGAUUGAGACGUCAAUCCUUACUCAGCCUACCACCAUUGUCGAGACGGAUGUUAUCACCUCAGUCAUCACUAGCGUCAGCAUAACCACCUUUACCACAAUCAUCACCACCACUCUCCCGCCAGAGACGGUCACUUCCGUAGAGACAGUCACGCUGCCCCCGGAUACAGUGACCCUUCCGGGAAGCAUCGUCACUCAGCCCGGUGAUAUUAUCACCACCAUUGUCACCACCACCCUGCCUGGCGAGACUACCACUUUUGUGUCCACAGUCACGUCCACCGUCACCUUCACCCUUACGCCCGGAGUCACGCCCACGCCCACGCCCACUCCGACGCCAACCCCCACGCCAUCUCAACCUCCUUCGUCGCCGUCCAUUUCUUGCGACCAAGGCUGUACAGUGGACGUCACCGCGACGGAGCUUGCGUACCCCGGUACCGUCUCUACCAAUACCGUCACAUUCUACAACACCGUCGUCGGCAUCACCGUUCUCUCCCGUCUGGACGGUUCAGUCACCACCAUCACCGGAGAGACGGUCAAUCAGCCUCCAGCCGCCACUCCCACGCCUGAGAUUACCUGGGAGUCGUAUGGCACUACUCUGACCUACCCGACCACCUAUGUCUUGUACAAUGACUUUACGCGAUCCACGGUCAUUGCGCAGCCUACGGCAUGUGUCUCGAGCGCUGCCACUCUCACCCUGCCGGUGCCGACUGACUAUGCCCCGCUCAUCUUUGAGCGCGCCGAGAUUACGCCCCCGAGCCCGCCAGACGCCCUGAUUGACUAUCUCAACACCCUGCCCACCAUCAUUGAGCAGCUUGGUGGCGAGCCCAUUGGCGAGUCUUGCGACCCCAUCCGCAGCGUCCCGACCGUGACUGGAGAUGUCACUCAGAACCUCCAAAACGUUUUGACCAGAACCGCCACUAUUGAGAGGCAGACUACCACUGCCUAUUCGAGGGAGUCUGCCAUCCAAACUCCAAGUACGGUGCCCUCGCCGAAUCCUCCAGCACCGCCAUCUUCAAAUCCGCCUUUCACUCCUGACUCAUCGGUUGCAGUAUCCCCCACUCCAUCAUCGAACCCCCCACCUCCCCCACCUGCGUCUCCUUCGAGCAUCGCGCCGUCGUCGAGUCCUCCUACACCUCCUUCAUCCCCUCCUCCUCCUCCAACUUCAGACUCUCCUCCUCUUCCUCCACCCCCCGAAACAAGCACUCCUCCUCAGCCGCCCACACAAGUCACGACGCCGAGUCCCACGACCGAGUACACACCCACAAUCACAAUGUACGAUCCAGGCAGCACAGGCGCUGCAGCCCGCUACGGCCCUGGCGGACUGAUGGGAGGCGCCGGAGGUAUCGAGGCCUGGGUUGCUGGUGCCAUUGGUGUCGGCCUAGGCUGGAUGUAA